UUCUCAAGAUGGCAGAAACAGCGAAUUUUUAGUAGACUGAGAACUACGUUGUUGUUUAUUUAUCAUAUAUAUGAUACAAUAUAUAAGUAACGUUAUAAUCUACGAAAAAAUAUUUUUUUGUAAAUAUAAGCAAAAAUGUUUUACUUUUAAACAAUAUAGUCUGUGCAACAUUAGUGUCCUUAUGUGUAUUUUUCUUUGCAAUCUUAGAAAAUAAUUUUUUUACAUCAAAAUUUUAGAAAAAACUUUUUUUUAUUUUCGAAUUAUUUACAAAUAAGAUGGAUCCACGAAUACAUAGGAGAUUAGAGUCGGAAAAAGGGCCAGGCGAUUUGAUUGUUGAAUGGUUAAAUGAAGCUUCUACGUGCCUUGCUAUAGAUGUAAAAGUUUCUAAUUUAUGUAAAGUCCAAGAAAUUUUAUUUAACAAGGAACCACAAUUACUUCCAUUAUAUUUGGAUGAAACCAUACAAUUUUCUUUAGAUAGAAUUGCUGAGGUUAGAAAGACAGUUACAGGGUUUAUUGAGGAAGCAGGGGUAAAACAACCAGAAACAAUACCACGAAUAGUUCCAGUAUUAUUAAGACUUGUCUCUGAUAAAGCACCUUUAGUAGCUAAAAGAGCUCUUCGAGCUAGUGGGAGAAUUCUCAGAGCAGCUUUAAAAUGGAUUUCUUAUGCAGCCGUAAUAACACCAGAAAUGGAAAUGGCAUGGACUCAACUUAGUUCUCUAAAAGUUCAAAUUAUUAAUAUGAUAGAUAGUGAUAAUGAUGGCAUUAGGACACAAGCAGUAAAAUUUUUGGAGGGAGUUGUUUUGAUUCAAACUUAUCCAGAUGCAGAUGCUCCGAAAAAACCAGAUGAUUUCUCUCUUGAAGAUAUUCCAUUAACAUUAAAAAUAGCUCGUAGACGAAAAUUAGAAGAAGAAGCAAAUCAUGUAAUGGAUUUACUUAUUAAAUUUCAUGGAUCCCCACAUGUCAGUAGUGUCAAUUUAAUGACAUGUAUGGGUUCUUUGGCCUUAAUUGCUAAAAUUAGACCACAAUUUAUGUCUAGUGUAAUUCAAGCUUUACAGAAAUUACAACAUGAUUUACCUCCUACCUUGUCUGAUUCUCAAGUCACAAGUGUACAGAAGCAAUUAAAACUUACUUUGCUUGGAUUAAUGAAACAUCCAUCUGGUAUAGAAUUUGCUUCAACUAUUGCUAAGUUAUUAGCUCAGCUUGGUGCCAAAGAACAGGAAAUUAUCAAAGCUUAUCCUAAGCCAGAAGAUGUCAGACGCAUUAAAAAACGUCAACAAGAAGCUGUAGCAAUUGCUGCUAAGCGUGCAAAAUUUGAUACUCCUUUAAUACUUGAAGAAACUGAAGCAGUAGCAAGUCCAAUUCCAGUACCAAAAUUACCUGAAUUAAUUGAACUCUCUGAAAGUUUUAUAGCAGAAAGAUUAAGUGUAGAAAUAGCCACAGAAUUAGUAAUGGACAGUAUGGCAUGGGUUCCAGAUACUAUGACAACUAUUUUUCAAAGAGAAUAUCAACCAACUUCAACAACAGAUAUAAAUGUACAAUGUCAAACGAUUGCAAAACUUUUAGCUGCACAAAUUAAACAAGCAAAGGCAAAAAAAAGUAAAAAAGAUGCCAAAGAUGAGGAUGCUGUAAUGGAAGAUUUGAUAAAAAAUCCAACCAUUAGCGUAGCCGAAGCAAAACGAGAACGAAAACGUGAAAAAGAUAGAGAAAAGGAAAAAGAGGCAAAAGCAUCAUUAGAAGCACAUGAAAAAUCGCUUGCCAAAGCAAGGAAUCGUUUGAAAUCUUUAAAAUUAUCAGAAGUUACAAAACCACUUACUAAAGAAGGAAAGGAAACGAUGCUAUUAAUGGCAGUUAACAGAAUUCUGAUUGCAGAAAAAGUUGCAGUUCUUGGUGGUGUCUCUGCUGUAAGGUCAAAAAUCUUAACAACUUUAGCAGCAACUUUUAAUCCAUAUAUUAAAGAAGCAGUACUACAUUAUAUUACAGAUGAUAUGAGAAAUCGUCUAGAUUUAGCCUUAGGCUGGUUGUAUGAAGAAUAUGCCUUAUUACAAGGUUUUCAAAGGCGAACAACAUUAAGUACAAAACCACAAGAAGCACCACAUCAAGCCUACAAUUUCUUGUUAUGUACUUUAGUUUCUGCAAUAGACUUAAUUCAAGGAAAAGAUCGCGACACUUUAUUAUAUAGAUUGUAUUUAGAAGCUCCUUUAAUUACGGAAGAUGCAGUGGAGGCUUUGAAGAUGGUUUCUUCAGACGAAACAAGAGGUCUUGCACCAUUGCAACUAUUAAAAGAAAUGGUUAUCAGAAGACCUACAAAGCAAUUAGUUUUUUUGAAUGUUCUGUUAUGUCAUACAGGACACGAAAAUAACGCGAUAAGAGAGGCAGCAAUACAAUUGGUUUGUCAAUUAUAUGGCCGACCCGAAUUAAGCAAACUUAUAGAAGAAUAUGCAGUUCUUUAUUUAGGCUUUUUACGUUUGCAAACUCCUCCUGAAAUAGUUUUUGGUCAAGAUAGAGGAAGACCUCAAAUAGAAAACCAAUGGACAGAAUCCACUACUAGAGCUUGCCUAGGAUUAUAUCUUGCUUUAUUAAGUGAACAUCAAGAUCUUAUUCAUGAGUUAGCAAGAGUUUAUACAUCAAUGGGAGCUGAUGUAAAACGCAUGGUUCUCAGAUUAGUUGAAGGACCUGUAAGGUCGUUAGGAAUGGGUAGUCCACAAUUACUUGCACUUGUUGAAAAUUGUCCAAAAGGUGCAGAAACUUUGGUCACUAGAAUUAUUCAUAUCCUUACAGAAAAAUCUAUUCCAAGUGCGGAAUUAGUAGCAAGAGUACGAGAAUUAUAUCAGACAAGAGUAUCAGAUGUAAGAUUUCUAAUACCUGUUUUAAAUGGCUUGACCAAAAAAGAAGUUAUUGCUGCUCUUCCCAAGUUAAUAAAAUUGAAUCCUAUUGUUGUUAAAGAAGUAUUUAAUAGACUUCUAGGUACACACAACAAUGAUAGUGGUGUACCACAUACAUCUCCAAUUACGCCUGCAGAAUUAUUGAUAGCUUUACACAAUAUUGAUCCUAGCAAAGCAGAAUUGAAAACUAUUAUAAAAGCAACUUCUUUAUGCUUUGCGGAAAAUCAAGUUUACACACAAGAAACUGUUGCCGUCGUAAUACAACAUCUAAUGGAAAUGACGCCCUUACCUACGCUAUUAAUGCGUACUGUUAUACAGAGUUUAGCUCUUUAUCCUAGACUUAGUGGAUUUGUUAUGAAUAUUCUUCAGCGUUUGAUACUUAAACAAGUAUGGAAACAACCCAAAGUUUGGGAAGGUUUCGUUAAAUGCUGUGAACGUACAAAGCCACAAAGUUUUGCUGUUAUUUUACAGUUACCUCCAGCACAAUUAGCUGAAGCAUUAAAAAUGGCUCCAAAUUUAAGAGCACCUUUGCUAGCUCAUGUUGAAGCAUUUGCUGAAAAUCAGAAGGCACACAUUCCACAAUCCAUAAUGGACGUUAUACAAGGCAAAUCACUAUGUGAUAUGCAUGAUGAAUUUGAUAUUGCACCUCCUGGUGAUUAUCCAUCCGAACAAAAAACAGAUACAACAGAAACAGAUUUAUCAGAACCAGCUCCUCCUGGUUUAGACUAGCAUAAAUUUAUUUCAAUUUUAGGAUCUGAAACAUCCUCAUUUAAGUAUCUCAAUUUUAAUGAAUUCUCAUUAUGAACUAUAAUUUAUUUUCAUCGUAAAUACUUCAAAUAUGAUAUCUUUUUAUAAUAUGAUACCAAUACUCUUUUAUUCAGGAAGAGUUUCAUAAUUGUUUCAUAAUAGACCGUAUAAAUUUAUCUGUCAAAAAAAAUGCACUUUAUUUGUGUUGAUAAUAUUGUGCUAUGUUGAUAUUUUACGUACGUAAAAUACUUAAUAUUUUAUAAAAUUUUUCAUAUUUAUCAUACAUAUAUGACAUAAAACAAAUUGAUGUAUAUUACUUAGUAGAUGACGUCUAUUAAUAAGAACAUACUCUUGGAAAAGUGCUCUAUAUCUUUUAUAGACAACGUCCGUAUAUAAAUAUAAUACUAGAAAAGUUGAAAUUCGUAAUCAUACCACUGUAAUAUGAAAGUUAUUUUAUAAAAACUACAAAUUAGAAGAAUAUAAAUUUUAUGAAGUUUUUUCAGAGAG